AAUACGCUUGGUACUUGCAUCACAAACUCAUCUAGCUAGCGGGCUAGCACUGGCACUGGCACUGGCACUGGCACUGGCACCGGAGAGAGUUAACAGACACAGUCAACAGAUACUUCUUGCACAUCGGUUAAUCAAGCAACCGGUCGAGAUGCAAAAUCUAGCCUUCGUCAUAGUCACAUUGCUUGCAGCGCUUGCCAUUUCUCGCUGCAAUGCUGCGGCGACCGUCCGGAUGCAGCUCACGCACGCCGACGCCGGGCGCGGCCUGGCCGCGCGGGAGCUGAUGCAGCGCAUGGCGCUGCGCAGCAAGGCCCGCGCAGCGCGGCGGCUCUCGAGCUCAGCGAGCGCGCCGGUAUCCCCCGGGACCUACGACAACGGCGUCCCUACGACGGAGUACCUGGUGCACUUGGCCAUCGGCACGCCGCCGCAGCCCGUGCAGCUGACGCUCGACACCGGCAGCGACCUCAUCUGGACGCAGUGCCAGCCGUGCCCCGCAUGCUUCGACCAGGCUCUCCCUUACUUCGACCCGUCGACAUCCUCCACGCUCUCGCUGACUUCCUGCGACUCCACGCUGUGCCAGGGCCUGCCGGUUGCGUCGUGCGGCAGCCCAAAGUUCUGGCCGAACCAGACAUGCGUAUACACGUACUCCUACGGCGACAAGUCGGUGACGACAGGCUUCCUCGAAGUGGACAAGUUCACGUUCGUCGGCGCCGGCGCGUCCGUGCCCGGCGUGGCGUUCGGCUGCGGCCUCUUUAACAACGGGGUUUUCAAGUCCAACGAGACCGGCAUCGCCGGGUUCGGCCGCGGCCCACUGUCCCUGCCGUCGCAGCUCAAAGUGGGCAACUUCUCCCACUGCUUCACCGCCGUAAACGGAUUGAAACCGAGCACUGUCCUGCUCGACCUGCCGGCCGAUCUCUACAAGAGUGGCCGCGGCGCCGUCCAGUCCACCCCUCUAAUCCAGAAUCCUGCCAAUCCAACUUUUUACUACCUCUCGCUGAAGGGCAUCACCGUCGGGUCGACGAGGCUGCCGGUGCCGGAGUCCGAGUUCGCUCUAAAGAACGGGACCGGCGGAACGAUCAUCGACUCCGGCACGGCCAUGACGUCGCUGCCGACGCGUGUUUACCGGCUCGUCCGUGACGCGUUCGCCGCGCAGGUGAAGCUUCCCGUGGUGUCCGGCAACACGACGGAUCCCUACUUCUGUUUGUCGGCGCCGCUGCGGGCGAAACCGUACGUGCCGAAGCUGGUGCUGCACUUCGAGGGCGCGACGAUGGACCUGCCCCGGGAGAACUACGUGUUCGAGGUCGAGGACGCGGGCAGCAGUAUCCUCUGCCUUGCCAUUAUUGAAGGCGGAGAGGUGACCACCAUAGGCAAUUUCCAGCAGCAGAACAUGCACGUACUCUAUGAUCUGCAGAAUAGCAAGCUGUCCUUCGUCCCUGCUCAGUGCGACAAACUUUAGUCUCGCAUUGCUCUGACCAUAAUUUGUUAUAGCUGAAUAGUUUGGAUUUGAGCAACUCUAUGCCGUACAGACAUCCAUGUAAAAAAAAAAGCAAAUCUCUUCCUAUUACCAUAAGACUCUCUGGUGAUGCAACUGGCCGUUCAAUCUC